GCCGAGUAACAUAUAUACAUAUACUGAAGCAAAUAAGAAAACAAUUCAUAAACCACAAUGAGCGAUGAACAAUUUCCGCCUUUGGUGUCCGAGGAAAAUAAUGAAAACUCUUGUAAUAUGACUGUGGAUCGACCAAUGUCACCACCACCAGAAGCUCCGAUUUUCGCGCCUCGAAGGAGCGCAAGGAUGGCAAAUCGUAAUACAACUCAAUCGGAGCUUCAAGACAUAUCAAGCGAUCCGAAGACAAUUUCCAGAACACCCAAAAGAGGAAAGGUGCAGAAGCCGACAAAGUCUCGAUCUGCUAAACAUGCGAUUACCUGUCGCAAUUGCGGAAAUUCUCAUAUCUGUUUCCCGGUGCGCACGAAGUUCUUUACUUGCGCCGAGGUCGACGGCCAACUUUUUAAAGUCAAACAGAUUAGUGGCAAACUGGCACGGGCGCCCUCAAAAAAGAAUAGUUCCCGACAAGUUUAACCUGCAUUGAUGUUACCAGAACAAAAUUCUAAAAAAAAAGUUUAAUGUUAAAAUAAUUUUGAAAGGUACACAUGAACAGUUAAAGUAUUUAAAAUUAAAUU